AUGGCUUCGAAUGAAACCAAUACAACUAUUUCUACACCAGAUAUUACAUAUGCUGUAUCAUGGAGUGCAGUUGGAUUUUUAAUAUUUGUUGCUAUAAUCUUUGUUAUAUCGAUUGUAUUAAUAUUUUAUUUUGAAAAACUUUGUUGUUUUGCUCGACAUCGAUUUUUAAAACAUUUAUUAAGACGACUUUGUAGAACCAGCAAAUCAAAAUCGAUUUCUACAAUUGCUCAAUCAAUUCCAAUAAUAUCUAUCAGUGAACUUGAAGCUAACAAUAAAAGCUCUUCAAAAAUUCCGGAAUAUCUUUGGAUUGCAGGACAACGUGAACAUAUAUCAGCAUUUCAACCAUCAAUGUCUUUAGAUACACACGAUAUGGGUACGGACUUACCUGAUGAUGAUUAUACAACAUUAGUACCACCCGUAAAAAAGAUAAAUAGCACUGAAAAAAAAUUACCUGAUAUACCAAAAAUUAUUGAACAUGCAGAAAAUGAUUCAUUACCAAAAAAGGUAAAGCAAUCAAAUUCAAAGCUCAACGAUCGGCGAAAAACAAGAAUGACUCGAAUAUCAAGACAUCAAGCAAGUCUUGAUAGUGAAAUACUUGCAUAUCCACAUUCAGCUCCAUCAUCACCUUCUUUAUUACGAAAUCCCGGACAAAAAUCUCCUAACCGUUCAAUUCUCAUGGACCAAGCUAAUAUUGAUGCAAAAUCUGUAUCAAGCGAUCAAGGCUUAACAUUGAAGCGUGCUCUAAGCAAUGGCAGUCUCACACCAGGCACACUUGAAGUUCGACUAAAAUUUGACGCUAAAAAUAGCAAGAUGUGGAUAUUUGUUAUAAAAGGAACGUUAGAUCUUGAACAAAGUACAUUAAAGCAAACACUUGUUCAAAUACAUCUAACAAUGUUGCCGAACAAACGUAUUCGUUAUCGCACACAAGCAAAACCUGCCGAUAAUGCUAUGUUUGCAGAAGAAUUUUUCUGUAAAGUAUCAUCUGAACCAAUUCAAACGCAAGGUAUUCGCUUUCGAUUAUAUACAAAUAAACGCUUUAAACGUGAAAAGCUUGUUGCUGAAGCAACAGUUAUGUUUGGUUCAGUUAAUUUGGAUGAAGAUAUGUGUAAAAUAAUUCAAUUGGAACCAGUUUGUCCAUCUGAUGAUUCAGAAGCAGGUAGUUUUCAUUCACGUAAAAGUAGUAAUUCACAAUCAAGAAAAGAUUCAAUAAUUCAAACUGGUGGAUCGAGUAGUUCUACACUGCCAGAAAUUGAAAUUGGUUUAGCUUAUGAUAAAAAUCAAGCAGUUCUUCUUUUUGAAAUAGGAAAAGGAGUUAAUUUUGACAUAUCAUCAUUAGGACGAGCUCCAGAUACGUAUGCUCAAUUGACACUUCUUAAUUCUCAUGGAGAACAAAUAGCAUCGAAUAAAACUGUUACUCGGUGUAAUCAACAUCAUCCUGUAUUUGCUGAACGUUACCCAUUUAAUAUUGAAGAAAAUCUUCUCAGUCAAAUAACAUUUGUUCUCACUAUUAUUAAUAAACGAUCAGCAGGAAAAGAAAAUCGCAAUAUUGGUUGGAUAUCAUUUGGUCAUGGUGUCAGUGGUGACACGCAAGUAGCUCAUUGGGAUUCGAUGAUGAAUGCACAAGGUGAAACUAUAACACGGUGUCAUGCUCUACUAGAAAGUUAA